UUCAAAGGAGAACGUUCCCUUUAGACUUUAUUAUCUUCUUUUCCCCACUGAGAGAAUACCUCUUAGCUGCAAGACAUUUUUUAAGUCUAUGCAGGACUUCGGGGAUUUGGUGAUCUUGCCGGGGAAAUUGAUCAUUGCUAAUGCCGGGGACUCACAGUGUGCUAAAUUAGCUACCGGAGUAAAGCCCGGCGGAGGAAGGCUUUUAUCACAGACUCUUCUCUCCAGUUUGAACACAUUUGCUUGAAAUUUGCCGCAUGAUGCUGUCCAGGGAAGCAGCUUUUUUUCUUGGGAUGCAGCAAUUCGCUGGUUUCUAAGCUUAUUGCAGAAGAAAUAAUCUUAAAACAGUGGAUUUCCUCCCCCCCGGCUUGAUUCGACUGAGCUGCGUUGGGCACCGCGGUCAACAUCACCUGUCACCCAAAUCUUCGGAGGAAGUAAAACAAAGUGAAUUCUAAUUAUUAUUUAUUUAUUUGUAUUCUUUUUUUUUAACGGGUGGAGGCGGCGCGAUCACGGAGAAUGAGACUGAGAGAAGCUGCCAGGGCUUGGAGGAGGAUAAAGCUGAGUUUAGGCUGGAAACUAAAAGACUAGAUUGUUUGGGGGUGCAACUUGCCCGGCUCCUCUGCACUUCGCUUAGUUUCGCUCCAUGGACAGAUGCACCAACCUGGACAUUGAGGAGCUCAAGGUACUGUGGGGAAGAAAAAGAUGAAAAAGACCCUCUCCUGCUUUCAGAGUCAAAGGGGAAAGUCUCCGUGAACUGCCAGGCCCAUCUAGAGAUUUUAAAGCACCAUGGAUAGCACUCUGAUGACACGAGAACAAUACAUACUAGCAACACAACAGAAUAACUUGCCGAGGGCUGAGAAUGCACAACUCUAUCCAGUGGGAAUUUAUGGAUGGCGAAAGAGGUGCUUAUACUUCUUUGUCCUUCUGCUGUUGGUUACCAUGAUAGUUAACUUAGCCAUGACAAUUUGGAUUUUGAAAGUUAUGAACUUCACUGUGGAUGGUAUGGGAAAUCUGAGAGUCACCAAGAAGGGAAUCCGACUUGAAGGUAUAUCUGAGUUUCUACUUCCAUUGUAUGUGAAAGAAAUUCAUUCCCGAAAGGAUAGUCCACUGGUCUUACAGUCUGACAGGAAUGUAACAAUGAAUGCAAGAAAUCACAUGGGGCAAUUAACUGGACAGCUGACAGUAGGCGCUGAUGCAGUGGAAGCUCAGUGUAAAAAAUUUGAAGUGAGAUCAAAUGAAGAUGGCAAAGUGCUGUUUUCUGCAGAUGAAGAUGAGAUUUCUAUUGGUGCUGAAAAGCUGAAAGUUACAGGCACUGAAGGAGCAGUAUUUGGGCACUCUGUGGAGACACCUCACAUUAGAGCAGAGCCUUCCCAAGACCUCAGACUUGAAUCACCAACUAGGUCCUUGAUAAUGGAAGCUCCCAGGGGGGUCCAGGUGAGUGCAGCAGCAGGGGACUUCAAGGCCACUUGCAGGAAGGAGCUCCACUUACAAUCCACAGAAGGGGAGAUAUUUUUGAAUGCGGAUACAAUCCGGCUGGGGAAUCUACCAACUGGCUCCUUUUCAUCUUCAUCCAGCUCUUCAAAUUCUCGACAGACAGUGUACGAACUGUGCAUCUGCCCCAAUGGCAAACUAUACCUUUCUCCAGCAGGGGCAGGUUCCACUUGUCAGUCCAGUAGCAACAUAUGCCUGUGGAACUGAAGUGACUGACUUCUCCUCACACCAGAAUAGCCUUUUGUUACUGUCCGUCUGCUUCACAGUUCUGCUCGGUUUCCCUUGUGAUCUGUCCAGAGCUUCUCCAAAUGGUCCACGGAGCAACUUUUUCCAAGUGUAAGCAGGGAUUCAUCGCCACUUCUUCUCUUGUAAUAUACUGUACUCCUUAAGACAGAGUGUGUGAAUGACAGAGCAGUGGAAAGAUCAUCUUCAGCAGGAAAACUGGAUCAUAACUCUUGCUCAAAAGGGAGAAUAACAUAGGUGCCUUUGCUACAUGAAGUGAAGCACACAGUUUUAGAUUUUUGCAGGACCUGGAUUUGAACUGCACAUAUAUACAUUACAUAGGUAAAAAUCCCAGUAUCCAAUGGCAAGAUGAAAUGGUUAACUCUGUAAGAAAACUAAUUCUACAGUCUGAAAGCACAAUUUUCCAUUCAUCUUUUUGGAUGUAAACUUUUAUCCCCGAAUUUUAAAUUUUUGAAGCAUUAUGUGUAAUGCUUGCUUUACUAAAAAUUAAAUUCAAUACAUGGUUUUUAACAAAACAAAACAAAACAGAACAGAAUUCCA